AUGAAAUUCAUCUAUAUUAUCGCAUUGAUAUUUUAUUCGAAUACAAUUAAUGCUUUACCACAAGUUCGUGUACAUCCUCAAUCAGCUGUAAUACCAUCAUCAUCUGAAGCACGACUAUUAUGUGAGAGUAGUGAUACACCAUUCAUAUCGGUUGCUUAUUGGACUCAUGUCGGACAACGUAUUGAAUUGAAUCCAUCGAUAAUUGAAAUGCAUGAUAAUGAAUUACGAAUAUUUCAAUUCGGUGAUACUGCUUAUACACAACCGGGCGCUUAUGCCUGUGUUGUAUCGACUCGUUAUGGUCUACUUGAAAGUGAACCGGCAAUGUUAAGUUUACCAACCUUGGAUCCUUUUAAAACAUUAUUCAAUGAAAAUAAUAUACUUAAUUUAACUGAAGAUAAUAUUGCUGUCAUAUCAUGUGAAUUACCAAAUGGUAAUCCACGGCCAAUACCAAUUUUUACUUUGAAUAAUAAUUCUUUAGAUAUUGAAUCAAAAUCCAAUCGAUAUAAAAUUUUACCAAGUGGCAAUUUACAUAUUAUCGAUAUAAAACAAUCCGAUGCAGGAAAAUAUCAAUGUUCAGCUAAGAAUCCUUUGACUGGACAGAUUGUAGAUAAUAGUCAAACAACUACUUUACAAAUAUUCAACAAGCCCACAAAUAAUCAAGAUCGCUUACCAUUAACAACUGUAUAUAAACCACCUGUUGCUUCAAGAGUUCUUGUUGGACAUAAUUUUUCUAUUGAAUGUGUUAUUGCUGGUUGGCCUAAGCCAAUUGUUGAAUGGGAAAAAUAUGGUGAUAUUUUACCGGAAAAACGAACUGAAGUUUUACAUGGUACAUUAUAUUUAUAUGAUAUACAUUUGGAUGAUCGUGGAACAUAUAUAUGUCGAGCAUCAAGUUCCAACGGUCAAUCGGAUAUUGCCUAUACAGCUCUAUUGGAAGUUUUAGAACCACCAAAACUUGUUCAACGUCCUGAUUCCGUUAUUCGAAUCAAUCGAGGAGAAAGUGUAUCAGUUAAAUGUACAUUUCGCGGUCGACCUGAACCCGUUAUUAGCUGGCUAUAUAAUGGAGAAGAAAUCACAAUUAAUGGAUCACCUGUUACAGGCGGUAUUUUAUCUCUUAAUCAACCUAAAGAAGGUAUAUAUCAAUGUAUUGGUCGUAAUCCAUAUGGUAUUACUCAAGCCAGUACUGUUCUUAUAUUUCCAAAUCAUAUAAAAUCAGAAGAAAAUAUCGAGCCAGAUAUUCCUAAUAAAAAAUCUCUAAUUGUAAUUGGACCAAAUAAUAUAACAGUUUAUGAAGGCGAAACAAUUCAAUUGCAUUGUUUAACACAAACAAGUUCAACUGUUCAAUGGUUACAUAAUAAUGAAAUGAUUAAUUUAAAUCUAAUGCGCCGUUAUGAAAUGCUUCCGUCCGGCGGUUUACGUAUCGUGUCAGCACAAAAAUCUGAUAGUGGAUUGUAUGAAUGUGUUGCAUCUAAAAUUGGUUUUGGUACAAGUACAGCGAAAUGCUAUGUUCACAUACAAGGUUUGGGUUUAAAUGUUCCUGACAAAACCCAUGCACUCUCAUUAUCAACUCAUGGAGAAUUAAAACUUGAGAUUAUUGAUAUAAAUCAAUUAGAUAACAAUGCUAUUGAAUUAUUUUGGAAACAUAAUGAAUUAAUUGGUAUGCAUACACAAAUUCAAUAUCGUUUAAAUUCUGCAAAGAUGACAUGGAUAACUGACAAGCAAAUCUAUAAUAAUUCCAUCGCACAUGGUAUUAUUUCAAAUCUUGAAAGUGAUCAAACAUAUAGAUUUCGUCUUAUUGCGUUCGAUUUAAAUGGUAAACAAAUAAUGUCGAGUCUAUCGAAACGUUUCACUUUGAAGCUUUUAAAUCAAAAUCAAAAUCAAUUACCUUCACCACAAAUAGUCGAUGGUUGGAUAACAGCAGAUGGAAAAAUAGGUUUAAAAUGGAAAAUAAAUGAGUCAAAUAGUGAUACUGUUGAUGGUUUUAUCAUUUAUUAUCGUUCCAUGAGUUCAGAUGAUAAUUAUACGACAAUAACAGUACCAAGUCUAGUUUUUCCAACAAUUGACACAUACACAAUAUCAUCAAUUGAAUUAAAUGACAAAUAUGAAAUACGCAUGGCUGCUUAUUCAAAUCGUGGUUUAAGUUCAAUGAGUAAUGCCAUUGAAAUGGCAAUACCAGCAUUUUCAACUCAACGACGUUCACAUAUUCAACAGAAAACUUCCUUCAGAAAUCUUGAUGAUAUUCUUGAAAAUAUUAGUAAAAUACAAAAUCCAACGCGUAUUCUACAUGAUUUAGCGACACCACAAUUACCUUCAACAUCAGGACAUAAAAGUUCAGAUAUUCUUUAUUUAACUAUCGGCAUUAUAGCUGGAAUUUUAUUAAUUUUAAGUAUUAUACUUAUUGUUAUGUGUAUAUUACGAAUAUUACAACGACGAAAAUAUAUUGCACAUGUUAAAUCUGUAAAUGGUUCAGAAUAUUAUUGUGAUGGACUGCAUAAAAGUUUAAAUCCUGAUUAUGCAACAACGCCUUGUUUACAACAUGGUGUUGUAGCUGUUGACGGGAAAUUAAUACCAUUUGCUUAUCCAACAAAUUCAAAGCAGGCUAUACUAUGGAAUGGACAAAAUGCAUUACCGCAUAGUUCAACAGCAAUAACAUCAACUGAUAAUGGAACUAUUCGAUUAAAUACAAAUCCAAUGAGCCGUUUAGAUAAUGAAAAUAUAAAUGAUACACAAGAAAACUUUUAUCAUACAUUAACACCCUUUAAUUCACACGGCCAAUAUGAAGAACACACAUGUUCACAUAAUCAACCAACUAUGUUUGGUUAUGCAAGUGAACGUUCAAAUGUUUCAACAUGUCCGAUACAUCAUCAUAUGAUAAAUUAUCCAUCGGAUACAUUUCCUUUAAAAACUUCUUUAAAUCGUAAAGAUAGUGGUAAAAAUCAAAACGGUCAUGGUGUUAUUAUAUCAUCACAAGCAAAUGGAAUACAAUUUCAUCAUCUACAUCAUCAUCAUGCAACAUGCCAACGCCAUCAAAAAUCAAAACGUAUAACGACACCUACUGUUGCUGAAAACGAUCAACAAAAUGAUUUAUGUGAUCGAAGUUUUUCAUCGUCAUCGGCUGGUGGUAAUUGCACUGCUGGACAUUAUUGUACACAUUCAUCUAAUGAUUCAACACGUCCAUUAAUCACUUCAAUACCUCAUCAACAAAUCAAUGAUAAUAGUGAAAAUUUUAAACAUUCAGCCCCAUCAAGUACAAACUCAUCGUCACAUUCAUCGAGUGGUAUCAGUUCAACUAUUGAAUCUCCUUAUAAUCACUGGAAAUAUUUAACACCAUUAUCUAUAGCAACCAGCGAUAAAAAUCAUUCGAUAUCAGAUAAUAAAAUAUUAUCAUCAUCAAUAAACGAACAACCAGUAACAACAAAGAAAAAUGAGCCAAUAUCAAUAUCAUGA